CCGUCAGCCUCCUCAUGAAGAUGGUCUCCUCCUGCCGCCUCCGCUGCCUCCUGCUGCUCCUCCUCUCCUUCACCGCCUCCAUCAGCUGCUCCUCCGCCGCACAGAGAGACUCCAAACUCCGCCUGCUGCUGCACCGGACCCCGCUGCUGGGCUCCAAACAGGACAUGUCUCGGUCGGCCCUGGCGGAGCUGCUCCUGUCGGACCUCCUGCAGGUGGAGAACGAGGCUCUGGAGGAGGAGAACUUCCCUCUGGCUGGAGGCGAACCUGAAGACAUCCAUGUGGAUCUGGAGCGAGCCGCCGGCAGCGGGCCGCUGCUCGCCCCCCGGGAGAGGAAGGCCGGCUGCAAGAACUUCUUCUGGAAGACCUUCACCUCCUGCUGAGAGCCUCCUCCACCUCCUCCACCUCCUCCGUCUGUCCCCAGCAGACGCUGUACAGACUGUGUGGCUCCGAACCUCCACGAUUGUUUAGAUUUUUCUGAGCUGAUUCUUUCUGAAUGUAAACUGAUGAAACUAUUUUUAAUUGUUGGUUUGAAUAAAAUCUGUUUGAGACAAA